ACGUAUAUUUCUCUUGAACUCGUUUUGGCAUAAGGCUAAACCAGCUUUGCAUAUGUGCAGACUUACAAGCGAGCUUGACCGUUACCAUCAUUGCGCUUUCGUCCGUCGAAGACGACACAUUUAUUAGUAGUCGAUGAAGCGUGCCAUCCAAUGCGCGAUGGAGAAGGUAUAUUUUCUGUUAUCAGUAGUGUCGUUUGCAAUAGUGUUAAUUGUACCCUGUAAUAGGGCCAGCGAUCUGCCAGUAGAAGUAUGGGAACCAAAAUCCGCAGACGAUUUGCGCAAUUUUAUCCAUACCAGCUUAUUUAAAGCAAAAAACUACUCAGAAAGUAUUAGUGCGUUUUCUAAACAGUUACCCAGUCCGAAUCCACUGGCUACUGUCUCAGGAUACUUUAGAACCGGAUGUCAAUGCUCUAAUGGUCUUUGCAGCUGCUGUACAGGUGUAUUUAGUCUACGAGGGUGUAUGAAUCUUACGUAUAUCCCAGAGGACUUCGCAUUCGAUUUUCGCAUGCUGGUCAACAAUCGUGUUCUGUAUAAGAACAAAGUCAGCGGAAAAAAUCCCCGACCUGUGUGCGUGAAUCCGCCUAGGUUUGAGUAUGUGGAAGUUUGCGCAAGGUUUUACGACCUGUAUUUCGUUGGACGGAACGUGCAUGUGUGCUUGGAAAUGAACGGAAAUUUUGAAGGAUAUGAGCUUUUUUCAAGGGAGUUAAACUGUCUGCGAAUGGGUGACAAAGGAGUUAAAAUUCUGAAACCCGGCGAAGGGUCUGGAUUAAAUAGACCACCAGGACUGGAUGCAGAUGUUGAUGCUGGUACCGGCGAUAUCGAUGAUUAUGACGAGCAUAUUGUAUGAUACCGAUUUUGAUUAAUACCUAUUUAUAAUUAUUUAUUAUUUAUUUAUUGUAAUGACCUCCAUCUGACAAAAUAUCUUAAUGAAGAUAAAAAAUAAAAAUAAAACAAUUGCGUUACA